AUGCAGCAUUCUCUCUAUUCAAUUCCUACCCCAGAAACAAUUAGCCUUGAUCUAGCGAACUCUUCAGCGUGCUUGUUAUUUUUCAACUAUGAAACUCGUUACUUUAUUAAAGCCAUCCCAGACGAAAUCUUGAUGAAACUGACGCUCAUUUUUGUGGGGCAGGAUUAUAUCCCACUGCAGCAGUGAAAGCAAGCAGAAUCCUUCCCUUAUCAAAUACAAUGAUCUGGGCCACAAGGAAUAAGCUGUCCGCUAUGUACUGAUUUAGGGAUAAAAGAAUUCCCGACUUACAUUGCUUGCAUUGCAAGCGAAAUUGUGUAUUUUUCAAAAGAAACCCCAACACUCAGAUUUUUAAAUGAAUUUGAAACUGGGAAUGUAAAAAAUCGUGUAGAAGAGAUAUGCAAAAGUUUAACAUUACAAAUCAUUGAAGAUGUAACUUCUAUAUGUAACCUAGACAUCGAGCCUCCUAUCCAAGAACAAUCAUAUGCUGAUACCAUCUCCCUUCUACAAACAGAAAUAGUGAAUUACCAAGGCUUGUGCCAGCAACAGAAAUUAAUUAUUGAAGCUUUAAGAGAAGAGCUUGAAGACAAAAAUAAAAAAUUAAAAAGCUUGACUGAUAUUGUGUAACUUCUAUGUAGAAAUAGCCAAUCUGUGUUAGCAGAACAGUACCAAAGAGUGCAACAAAAUAUCCAGUUUGAAAAGUUUUACCAAGGAAACAAAGAUGUGAAGCCUCCACCUAUUAAAGAUGCUGAUUUUUGGAGGGUUCAAGCUGAUGAAGAACUUGAAGCAGAUAAUACUUAUGGGAUGAAGUUUGAAGACAUUGCAUCAACAAAAGGCUUGUGGAUACUCAACAUGGAGAACGAUAAGCCAAUUAAAAUAAACGAGCCUAUAGCGCCUAUGCUAAGCAUAGAAUCGCCACAGCCACCUAAGGCAGAAAAAAAGAAAAAUAAUUUCCUUGACCAAAGAGAUAAGCACUUAAAAAUGCUUCAAGAAAAACAGCCUGUUGGAAGAGAUGGCAUCAAAAUUCCAAUACCACUAGCGAGAAGCUAUAAUAGAAAAUCCAGCACAUCCCUUAAAAGCACGUCUUCAAACUUGAAGAGAACUGGCGAAUUAAUUUCAUCUCAAAAGAACUUAAAAGGUAUUUUCAAUUAA